AGGUGACCAAAGCCACAUAAUGUCCAUAGUUCAUUCAUCCGUCUCUACCAAAUGGAUUGUGGGGAAGGUGAUUGGGACAGCAAUGCAAAAAACUGCUAAAGUGACAGUGAACAGGCUUGUUCUGGAUCCCUAUUUAUUGAGGUAUUUUAAUAAGCGGAAAACCUACUUUGCUUAUGAUGCUCUUCAGCCGUGCACAGUUGGGGAUAUUGUGCUUCUCAAAGCUUUACCUGUUCCACGAAUGAAGCACGUGAAACGUGAACUGACUGAGAUCAUUUUCAAAGUUGGAAGAGUCAUAGAUCCAGUGACAGGAAAACCCUGUGCAGGAACUACUUACCUGGAGAGUCCAGUCAGUUUGGAAACAAACCACCUCGCCAGAAAUCUACAAGAACUCAAUAUCUCGUCCUUACAGUGA